AUGAGCUUGCCAGGCGAUAAUCAUCCCAUGUCGUCGGGUGCCCACGUGGACGAAUCUAGCAAGACCGUGGCGCAAACUCUGGCAGGAUACAACGUAUACAUCCUUGAUGAGAACAAGUUCUUUUCUUAUGUGGCCAAAGGCCUUCAUUUGGCGCUGAAGGAGCUUGGGGUCAAGCACAAGUACGUCAAGCGGGUCAGAUCCUGCAUGGCCCCAAACGACUUGUACAUCAUGUUCGACGCCCACCAGCCUUACAGGCUCCCCAGGAACUUCAUAGCCUACAACUACGAGCAGCUGAUCACGACAAAGGUGUGGCCGCCAGAGUUUUUCGAGCGCUUGAAGGGCGCGGUGAUGGUCUGGGACUAUUCACGUGAGAACAUCAAGGUGCUCAACGGCAAGGGCGUCAACCGCACAGUGCACCUGCCAUUAGGGUACGCGCGCAACAUGGAGAACAAGUAUCCACCUGUACCUCGCGAUUUGGACAUCUUGUUUGCUGGCGCAAAGGGUGGAACUGGAACGCGGGACAGGAAGCUGCUGCAAAUCAACGCGUUUCGGGCCCAGCCCCCAUGGAAGACGAAAUUCGUCCACGACACGUUUGACGACGCUCUGCUGAAGCUGUACAGACGCUCGAAGGUGUCCCUGAAUCUUCACUUUUACGCUGGGCGGACCAUCUUGGAGGUGCACCGCAUCCUGCCCCUCAUCGUCAGCAAGGUCCUUGUGCUGUCGGAACCCAGUGACGACCCCUGGUGGGACCAUGAGUACAAGGACCUCGUCAACUUUGCAGCAGCGGGCACCAGGCCCUACCACGUCGCCGCAGCGGCCGCGGGUCCCGCCCGCGCAUUCAGCUCCGCGCCGCCGGCCACGGCCAAGCCGACGUACAACGUGCCGCUGGGCCACCAAGACUCCGACCUCAGCAGCGUGGCGUGCCACAUCGGGCUCGGGCGGCGGCGGGACCUGACAAUGAGGGAGGAUUUGGGGCUGUGGAAAAACGGCGACACGCGCAUCAAGCUGGGCGAUGUUUUCAGGGGCUGCAAGGCUCUCCUGGUCGGCUUCCCCGGCGGCAAAAUCUGCACUGAACAGCACGUGCCCGGCUACGUUGCCGCGAUACCUGAGUUGAAGGCGGCGGGCGUGGACAAGGUGGUGUGUGUCACUGUCGGCGACCCCGAGGGCGUGCGCAAGUGGGCGGCGGACAACGGCUUUGACAAGGACACGGUGCUGUGUGUCCUUGCUGACAAGGACCAGGGGUUCAUGCGGGCGCUGGGGCUGGAGCUGGGGCCGACUGGGGCCAAGUGCCAGCGGUUUGCGGGGGUUGUGGACAACGGCAUCCUGCUGCGGCUCAAGGUGGAGCAGACGCCGGGGGACCUGAAGCUGACUCACGUGCAGGGCAUGCUCAAGACAUUCAAGUCGCACGCGUGCGUGGACGCGUGCGUGUGCAUUCGUCGCCAGGGGGCGCAGGCCGGGGCCGCGGAUGAGGGUGUCGCCUGA